AUGGCGGAUAGAUCAUAUUAAAGUAUUCAUGUUUUAGUCGCAGAGGAUGAUAAUUUCCAAAGAUUAGCUCUUAUAGAUAUUUUGACCCUUUGCGAUUACCAAGUUACUGCUGUAGAAAACGGAAGAUUAGCUAGGGAUGAACUCUUAAAAGCAGAUUCAAAUAUUGAUAUUGUUCUUUUAGAUCUAUACAUGCCAGAGAUGGAUGGUAUUGAGUUAUUAUUAUUAAUGUAAGAACAUGAACAUUUAAAAAGAAUUCCUGUAAUUAUGAUGAGUUUCGAUAAUGAAUAAGAAAGAGUUGCCUAUUGUAUUGCAAAUGGAGCUAAAGAUUAUCUUGUUAAACCUCUUAGAAUUUAAAACGUUAAAGGUUUAGCAAAAUAUGUGGAAUAUAAUCCAAACAAUACCACAGUAGGAAAUGGAGGAGUUGGUUUAUAGUCUUAUAAAGUAAUUAGAAUGAUUGGUUAAGGCGCAGGAGGAAGUGUAGAGUUAGUUUAAAAAAGAAGCGAUGGAUAACUUUUUGCUCUCAAAACUAUUAGUAUGAAAUUCAUGGAUGACUAGUAAAAAAAAAUGGCAUAACAGGAAAUCACCUUGUUAAAAGUGCUUGUUGCUCCUUCUAUAAUUCGUUAUUAUGAAUCUUUUGUGGAAAAUGAUUCGAUUCACAUUAUCAUGGAAUACGCUAAAGAAGGUGCCUUAAGCGAUAAAAUUACAGAACAUAAAUAAAAAGGAAUACCUAUAGAUGAAGAAACAGUUUUAUAUUUCACAGCAUAGAUUAUUAUUUCAGUGCUUUUUAUGCACUCUAAAAACAUUUUGCACAGAGAUAUUAAAACUUAAAAUCUCUUUUUGACCAAAGAAAAUAUAGUUAAGUUAGGAGAUUUUGGUAUCUCUAAAGAAUUAGGUACAAAUGCAAACGCAAAGACAUUAGUUGGUACACCUUAUUUCAUGUCUCCUGAAGUAUGCAGUGGUGAAAAUUAUGGAUAAAAAGCAGAUAUUUGGGCUAUAGGGUGCACUUUGUACGAAAUGGUCAUGCUGAAAAGACCUUUUGAUAACGAUAACUUGAAUAUUCUUUUCAAUAAAAUUAGAUUUGAAGCUCCUCCUCCUUUACAUGAAAAUACUAGUACUGAAAUACGUAUGCUUAUAACAUUCAUGCUUUAAAAGGACCCAGUAAAAAGACCUUCUGUUUGGGAUUUGGCUAAAAUUCCUAUCAUAUCUAAAAAUAUCAGAAAAUAUUAUGAAGAAGAAGCUCAAGAUGAUCCAUUUUUAAAGGAAUAUAUCUUUUCUGGACCUAAAAAUCACCCAAAUAUAAAUAAAAAUGUGCCAAAAGACGAAAAGAAAAAUACAAGCGAUAAUACUUCAAAAACUUAAGAUUAGUCUUAAAACACAAAUGAAGAGAUGUUUAAAGCUCUUAGUUCCGCUUUGUCUCCUUAUGACUAGAAAAUUAGCAUGUUUAAGGUUGAAAGAAACGUCAUAAAUGGAAAGUAGUUAUUUUAAUGGAUUUAGCAAUACUAUACAAAUUACAAUACUUCUCAGGUAGUUGAAAUGUUGAAUGAGUUAGUUGAGAAAAAAUAUCUUCACCACAUUGCUGGUCCUUUGCAUCAAUCUGAUCCAAAUUCUUUAUAUAGAUUCUAAUUUGAUAUGCCAGGAAUUGCAGCUAAUCUGACAAGAAUUUGGAAUAAGACUGCUAGACCUGCUCUUUAAUGUCUUUAGGGAAUUGUAGAAACUGCAAAUGAAGUAUUAACUGAAGUUACAGAUAAGCUGGAAGGAAAGGUUUUUGAUGAUAAGCUAUAUCAAAAUAAAAAAUAUAUCAAAUUCUUAGAAUUGGUUUGUGAGCUGUAAAAAAUUUAUUUGUAAGAUACUAAUGAACAAGAGAGAAAGUGCAUUUUUAUCAAUUUACUCUAAAUUAUGUAUUUCCAUAAAUUCAUGAAGCAAAGAUACAUCAGAAUGAGGAACGAAAAGAAAGAAAAAGUCACUACUCUUUUUGAGACUUUAGCAUCAUUUUUGCCUUUCUUUAGCAAAAGUUAAGAUGAAUUUUACUAUACUAUUGGUAACCUUUAAUUCACAUUAGAUGACAUUAAGCAUGGUAUAAUAAGAGGUAAUAAGACUCAAAAAUUAAGCUCAUUUAAGCCAUUUGCAGACAACGAUAGUAGGAAAUAAUUUGUUCUAACUCCAGAUUUAAGAAUUUUGAUGCUUUUUAAAGAAGAAAAUGUCAUUCCAACUGAGUUGAAAUAUAUAAAAUUAGAAACUAUGGAAUAGUAGUUAAAUGAAAUUUGCAAUAAAUUUUUGAGCACAUACGUGUACAUAGAUAAUAUAGAAAAUGAUCUAACUAUGCAUAAGAUAUUCUAAAUAUAUCAAAGCGAUUUCGGCCCAGAACCAUAAGAUGCAAUAGUGUGGGCUUCAAACUACACUAAAAAUCUAGGUAGAGUAGACGAUUUAGUUUAAAAUAUAAAAUCAGGAGAUAUAUUUGUAUAGUAUUAAGAAAAAUUUGAAUCCUGA